UCAUCAGCUGAGCUGAGAGGAAAACGAUGCUGAUGUCACAGUGCUAGUCGGGCACGCGCUUCAGCUAUCGACACACCAAAAGAGGGUAGUUUAUUGGAGGAUGGCGUUUGUGAAAAGCGGGUGGCUGCACAGACAAAGCACCAUCUUGCGUCGCUGGAAGAGGAACUGGUUUGACCUCUGGUCAGAUGGACGUCUGGUCUUCUACGAUGACCAACAGCGACGGGACAUGGAGGAUGAGAUCCACAUGAAGGUGGACUGCAUCAACAUCCGCAAUGCCAAUGCGUGUAAAGAGCUCAUGCCACCUGAUGGCAAAAGCAAAGAUUCCCUCCUGCAGAUCGUGUGCCGGGACGGGCGUGUCAUAAGCCUCUGCGCAGACAGUGCAGACGAUGCAUUGGCUUGGACCAUGGCUCUACAGGAUGCUAGAGUCAAUAUGGUUGUGUCAGCCAAUCAGAUGGGUUUUGCUGAGGAAAUCAUAGCAUCAGCCCCUCCCCCUUACUCUGAAUUAAAUCCAACUCCACAGGUUUACUACCCUGAUGGAUAUGGAGGCUAUGUGCCUCAUCCUCCACCUUAUGCUACACAGAUGGUGUACGCCGCAGACGGACAGCAGUAUGCCGUCACCUAUCCUUAUCAGUAUCAAGGUAGUAGGCAGCUUGUUUACCUUCGCCUUGUUUUAUUAUGCCAUUGUUUACCUGAUCAGGUUUUUAACAAUGUAGCAUUUAUCGAUUAUUAUGAUCUGUUUUCAGGGGGUUAUACACCCGGGGUCAACAAUGUGGUUGUGCAGGAACGUCGCCGUGACGAUGCAGGUGACAUCGCUCUGGGAAUGUUAGCCGGCGCUGCCACAGGAUUGGCCCUCGGCUCCCUAUUUUCUGUAUUCUAAUGUAUUCAUGCCAACCCAAACCAGCCUAACUCCUGACCCCCUCAAACAGCCUACAGCCAUUUUAACUUUUGACUUUACACAUUUUCAAUGCAACACGUACUGAAGGUGUGAUAAUGUAGCCAGGGGUUGUUUAUUUUUUGUCUGUGUCGGUUGAUUAACUUGACUUUGUACCAAAGGCGUAGAAAACUUGAUUGCUUUGCAAUCAAGUGUGAUUUAGUAAUGUAAUCAGUGCGAUUUAGGGAUGUACACUAAAUUAUUGGCUAUUAGAGUCGAGAUAUUGAUUAUCUUUAAGGUUAAUAGAUCGCCAUUCUCAUUAGCUGUCUUGGUGUGCGCCUCUACUUCACUCUUGUUGAGUCCGAAAAUGACUUGUAAUACUAACAAUAGCCUGUUAUGAAAUUGUACAGACCCUGAAUACUGAUGGAAUUGAUUAUGGGCAAACCAUAUAUAAUGUAUACAUAGUUUUAUUGUUUGGAAAUAAUUGCUUCAUGGCUAAAUUAAGACUUUUUGAUGUGAUUCAGGAAAGAAUGAAACGAAUGAUUAGAUCUACUUUCCCAUAGUUCUUUGCCUUUUUUGUGGAUGGCCUUUUUUUACAUUUUGUUUUGACUUGUUUGUGCAUGGUGUUUUCUCCCUUUGUAAGAUAUACUGUAUUUAUUUUGUUUGAACCGAUGUGUUUCGUCUUGACUCCUGUUUGUGCAUGGAUGUUAUUUUUUCUUUUGCUUAAAGGAGUUAAUGUAAAACUUUCAGCCGUCUCAAAUGAACUAGCACAUUUAUUCACAACGUUUGUGACCAAACGCUUCAGGUGAAAUAAUUAAGGCGAAAUUUGCUAGUAAUGUGGCAUUGAUCAUACUUGUAACAUUUACAUAUAGUGCUAUUGAAUUUGUUCUUUGUUAUGCUUUGAACAUGUAUAUUAAUAUGUAAACUUUAAAUCAUGUAAUACAGAAAGUUUGCAUCAGAAAGGAUUUCAGAUCAUGGUUUUGAUUGAACUCUCGUUUGCUUUGUGAAACUUAUCUUUGAGUUUAAUAGGCCGAUGAUUAAGAAAUACUUGUUCACCAGUUAUAUCAUAUUUAGUGUGUGUGCUCUUUGUGCAUUACUGCUUUGCCGUUUCAACUUCAAAAGUAUGUCACUUCAACAUCUAAAUAAUUUGUAAAAUGCACCAAUAUAUUAAAUCGUGUUAUU